AUGAAACAUUUAUUAAAACUAAUUGUUUUGAUGGGAUUUUGGAGUUUUACAAACUCAAGUGGUUUUCAGUUUAACAAAAGAGAUCAACAUUUUCAUAAGAAAAUCUGUGAAAUUGUAACAAAUAAAAAUGCUGUUGUUAAUAUUAUAUAUAGACUUAACUUGGAAUCGGAGGUGUUAACUUCUUCGGUAUUUGAUUUAAAUUAUGAAAAUAAUUGGGAUUUAUUUUAUCAUUGUAUGUCUGAGAAACCGGUAGUGAUACGGGACAUGGAUAAGUAUCAAGUGGAACCGUUAAGAUCUGCCAGCAGUUUAAGUAUAUAUUUUAUAGAUUCUUAUAGAACUAUGCGAAAAGUUUUGGCUUUAUUGAAUCCCAAACAGAAAUGGAAACCGGCUCAUUGUUAUUUAUUCAUAUGGCUUUUGGAUGAUGUGAACACAUUGAGAAGAUUUUUCGAGAAAGUUUGGUUUAAAAAUAUUCUUAAUGCAGUGGCCGCAGUGAUGAAUUUACAAGAAAUUUAUACUUUUGAGCCUUUUACUUCACAAGGAUUUCGGUUGAAGAUUCUCUAUGAAGCCCCCUAUUUUUAUGAUAAAUUGCGGAACUUCCAUCAUUUUGAAUUACGCAUUAGCAUGUUUAAGGACAGCGUGCGAGCCUUACCUCUGGAGGGUCAUAUCAAACAUGGCUAUAAAAGAGUCGACGGCUGGGUAGCCCGCACCUUGGUGGAACGUUUAAAUGCCUCGGCCCGUUAUAUAGAACCCACUGAUCGAGAAACUUAUGGCGCUCUGUUAAAUGGCACUUUUACUGGCUCUCUAAAGGAUAUACAUUCGGGCCUUACCCAUAUAGGCUUUAAUUUUCGUUACACCCUAGAUCAUGUUAAGCCUCAUAUAGAAGAGUUAUAUCCCUAUAAAAAGCGCCUGCUAUAUCUAGUGGUACCGGCUGCUGAAAUGCGUCCCGAGUAUUUGAUAUUUGCCAAUGCCUUCACUUAUUCCCUUUGGCGUUUGUUGUUAAUCAAUUUUCUUUUAAUUCUUGUGAUUUUCAUAAUUCUUCAAAAACUAGUGGAACGUUUGCCCAAUCAUAAUCUUGAGAAUUCACCCAAACAUUGGCGCUGGUAUGAAAUUGUGGAAAUGUUUAUAAAAACUCAACUGGGAGAACCGGUGGAGGAGUUUUCACGCAUUAGCUCUCUCCGGCAAUUUCUUAUUACCUGGAUUCUAUUCAGUUAUGUUUUGACUAGUGUUUAUUUUGCCAAAUUGGAGAGCAGUUUUGUGCAACCCAUCUAUGAACCGGAAUUGGAUAACCUAAAAGAUUUGUGUCAACUUAAAGUACCCAUUUAUGCUUUUGAUGUAGUCUUCCAAGCCAUAAAGGUCUCAUUGGAACCCAAAUACUUUGAUAUAAUCAAUAAAAAUGGUGUACGUGUUCCACGCAAUAUAAGUGCUGAUGAUUUUUCCCUAGCCCUCGUGAAAAAACAUAAAAAUGUGGCCAUUAUACUUCACGGGGAAUUAGCCAAAGAAGUUGUUGCUCAUUCCUAUAACGAUGAAACUAAACGUCCUUCUUUCCACAUAGUCAAAGAGUAUUUACGUUCUCUUACUUCCUCUUACGUGCUGACCAAAGGUUCUCCUUUCAUCUAUAAAUUUCAGACUAUUGUAAGUUCAUUCUAUGAGUAUGGAUUCAUAAAUCAUUGGCUUGAGGUUGAUGCGCGACAGAAAAACUAUUACCAUCGUUCUUCGGAAUUUGUUCAAGAUUUGGAAGAGGAUUUUGAUUGGUUGGAAAAUGAUGAAGUGGGUGCCAGUAUGCCAGCAACAUUACAACAUAAAAAGAAAGUUGUUUUGAAUAUGGAAAUCUUACAAGGAGCCUUUUAUUUGUGGAUUGCUGGCAUUUGUGCCAGUUGUUUGGGUUUUGCUACUGAAUUCAUUUAUUUUUGCAUAAGAGGAGGAAGUUGA